GGCAUUUGCCUCCUCUGCAAGCAACUGAAACACACAACCAGUUACUAUCCACCCGAAGAAAACCACACCCCCUCCUCCCCCAACACAGACAGACACUAAAAAGGAGAGGGUGGCAGAGACAGCUAGCAUAUGCUUAGAGGGAUGCAUAAAUUCCCGUCAACAAUGAUCCACCCUUAGUCUUUGCAUAACCUCUCUUCCCUUUUCUUUUAAUUUUCUGUACCAAAACAAAACAAAAACUAAGCGUGAAGAAAAUUUACUUUUCCGUUCUCUUUGAUUUCCUGAACACAACAGAAAGGGAACUUCUUAACUUUGUCCCUCUCUCUCUCUCUCUCAAUUAUAACAAUGUGAGUGAUGGAUAUAAUAAGGGCGUGUUUCAUUAUCUGGGUUCUUGUCUUUCUCAUUUUGUAAUCUGGAAUAUCUUUUGCCUUUUUCCGUGUCUGUCAGGUCCAGCUUCAGCAUAGCAUGCUAUUGCCUUGUCCAUAGAGAGAACUUUUCAAGGUAGUCAGCAGAGUUUUGCACCUUGAAAAUUCUCUUUGUUGAUAGAUCCCACGGUACAAAGGUUCCAGGAUGGCUGCCAGCUUCUAUUAUUGGAAUGAUUGCGUUGAUGUCCAGGACAUGGAAGCAAUGUGGCGGGAACCUGAAGUUAGCACGGAAUGGUUAGAUGCUGGAGAGACUAAAGGAAAUAAAGUUCACCUUUCACGGGAUCCUGAUGGAGAGCCUUAUUUGACGCAGACUGAGAUGAAGGCUGUUGCUGAUAUUAUCGUCCGUAGACAUUUUGAUUCACAAGUACACCCGGACAUGAUAUGUGCUAUAGCUGAACUUGCAAGUGACAGACAGCCACUCUCUACGAGGUGGUAUGAUAAAAAAACAAAGGAGACAGCCCUGGGGAUCAUGCAAAUUUUACCACAAACAGCAGAGUGGCUGGUCAGAGACUUGGGUUAUCGGGCAUAUGAAGUAGAAGGGAAUCCAGAAAUUCUAUGUCGACCUUUUGUUAGCGUUUAUUUUGGUGCUGCUUAUCUUAAAUGGCUAUCGAACUUUGAGAAAAAAGUAAGAAGUGAAGAGUUCAUAGUUAGGGCGUAUAACGGCGGCCCUAAAAAAGCAACCCACAAAUCGACUUUGCCAUAUUGGAAAAGAUACCUUUGUGUCAUAGAAAGUCUCCCAUCCAGAAGGUUUGUCAUUCCUUCAGUAAACAGUGCUUGUUCUUCAACUGCUCCAGCUGUACCUGCUACACAAAAUACAAAUGCACCUUCUUCACAAGUCACAGGUGUUGAUUAUAUAUACUGGGACUCUAAAGCUUCCUUGGAAGACAUGCAAGAGAUGUGGAGUCAUUCUGAAGUCGCAAAGGAGUGGACACAAUCUGGAGAAAAAAGAGGAAAGGUGCGCUUUUCACAAGAUCAGAACAAGAGACCUUAUCUAUCCCGGGUAGAAAUGAAGGCUGUUGCAGACAUAAUUCUUUCGAAGCACUUCAGCACAAGGGGUGUUAAACCUUCAGUCCUUUGUGCUCUUGCUGAGAUGGUUAGCAUGCGUUUUGUUAACGGGGUUGGACCGCGAACUGGAUUGAUGGGGAUCGACUACUCUACAGCUUUCUGGCUUUACAUGGAGUUGGGUUAUAGGGCUUACAGAGCAGAUUCUGUUGACGAUAUGACCAAGCCAUUUGUGUCUGUGUACUUUGGUGCAGCUUAUUUGGCUUCGUUAUCCGAAUAUGAAGGGAGGGAAAGGACUCCACAGUUUGUCGUUCCAGCUUAUCUUUCUGGGCCAAAGAACGUGAACCGUCAAGAGUCUGGUCCCCUUUGGCUCAAAUUCGAGCAAGCUUUGAGCAAUUACGAAGACAUAAAGAGGGAUCCUGGAAAUUGCACCGUCUUGUAAGCAGUAUAAGCUGACCAACGAAAUGAAACCAUCGUUCAAGUUGUAUUGACUGAUGGAUAUUACUGUCGUUAUACAAGAGCAAUGAAAUGAGUGUAAACUUCUUCUGUGUGGAAUUAAGUUAGCAAAUACCAGGGCAGAUCCAAGCAUUAGGGAGAAGAAAGACUAGCUGUAGCUUCUUCUGUCCUUUAUUGGCCUCCUAUACAGUGGAUUGAGUAAUCAAACAAUCAUAUAAGAUGCCGUGUGAAAAUGUGAUCUGCAUUUGCUGUUUUGGCUUAUUCUUAGAAUGCUUUACAGGAGCUGUCAGUGGCGCUUCAACUGGUUUUAUAGUUAGAGCCUGCGGUGUAUUGGAAGACGAUAGGAAUCGUUUUCAGAAUGUAUAGAUACGCCGUGACUGACAAGUCAGCACAAUUUGUAAAGACUUGGCUUCGUUUGGAAUGAUCACUAAGUUAAAAUAAAGAUUUUAACUUAUUCUACUUACUUUUAAAUACCUCAUAAUUGAUGUUGCAAGUGGCAUCAAAUUAGUACUAUAAUUAUUGACUAAGAUGUGAAGAAUGGAUUUAGUACUAUAAUUAUUGACUAAGAUGUAAAGAAUGAAUUCACCUUCUCUCAUCAUUGUUGACUUAGAUGGCUGGCUUCAUAUUUUUCAAAGUAGUAAAUGUUUACCCAAAGGUUUGCCCACUUCACUAGCUUCUGCGUUCUACAGAGAGAGAGAGAGAGAGAGAUGGGAAUCUGGGACUGCAUAAAUUCAAGUGCCGAUUUAGUGAAUCGGCGUGCGUUGACACCUGCAAAGAACAUAUGCUGGACCUCUUAUUCUUACGCCCGUUCUGCCGUUACCAGAAUAGACACCGCCGCCAGAGUUAACGCCAUCCCCGAGUUAAACCGGCGAUUACAGGACGAAGAAACCCGGUCCAUGAUGAGCCAUCUCACCAUCAACUGUGCCAAAAACGCUGCUGUUUUUGCAAUUCGCGAAGGCGUCAAGACUGUCCCUGGUGGAGCGCCAGUUUAUGAAAUUGUUUCAAAAUCAAUUGGAAAGAAAGGAGUGGUGGGGGAUUCCAAAGAGAAGACAAACAAAUUGGAAGCUGAGGUUGAGGUACUGAAAAAAGAAGUCAGUGAAUUGAAAAGAUUAUUCAAUCAAUGUGAGGCAGGUGAUUAUAUGAAUGGUUGUGGAUCCACAGCUAGAGUGGAUUAUUUUGAACAGCCAAAAGUAGUGAAUAAAACCUUACAAGGUGCAGUGGUCAGAAGUUUUAUGAAUAGACAACAACCAGACAGUGCGAUCCGGCAUUUCAUGAUGGAGGGAUUUGCUCAUGUGCUAGAAUGCGAGGUUAAGUCUGAGAAUCAACAACCUCAUAAGUGAUAAGAGGGAGUUGAGUCUUGGGGCGUGUUUAGUAUGUUAAUUAAGUAUUAUGAGUUGUUUUUAUUAUUAACUUGAUUACCACUCUCUUUUUUUCAUCUGAAUUAAGAACUAUUCGGUGCUCUGAGAUAUGUUCA